AUGUCCAUGACAUCCACCGACUGCGCCGUCAUCCGCGAUGGCUUCCCCCGCCCCAACCCAAACACACCCACCAACGUUCUCGAGCAACUCUCCCUCAAAGGAAAAACGAUUGUGAUUACUGGCGCGGCUGAUGGAAUUGGGUAUGCGGUCGCCGAGGCCAUGGCUGAGGCUGGAGGGGAUGUUGCGCUGUGGUAUAAUUCGAAUGGCGCUGCGAUUGCGAAGGCAGAGUAUUUGGGUAAGACGCAUGGGGUUAAGGCGAUUGCUUAUAAGGUUGAUGUUUCGAACUACGAUAACGUGCAACAAACGAUGAACGCUGUGGUCAACGAUUUCGGAAAGAUUGACACAUUCAUCGCGAACGCUGGCAUGGCCAUUUCCAAGCCUCUUCUUGAACAGACGCUCGACGAGUAUCGGAAGCAGAUGUCUGUCAACGUCGACGGUGUCCUUUACUGCGCCAAAGCCGCCGGCGCCAUCUUCUCCGCCCAACGCACCGGCAACCUAAUAAUAACCUCCUCCAUGUCCGCCCACAUCGUCAACGUCCCCGUCGACCAACCCGUCUACAACGCAACCAAGGCCUUCGUAACACACCUGGGCAAAUCGCUCGCCCGCGAAUGGCGCGACUUUGCGCGCGUGAACAUCGUUUCUCCGGGCUUCUUUGAUACUAAGAUGGGGGCUAGUCCGCAGACGGUGCAGGAGGCGUAUCGGAUGGCGGCACUGGGGAGGCAGGGCGAUACGAAGGAGAUUAAGGGGCUUUAUUUGUAUUUGGCGAGUGGAGCCAGUUCGUAUAUGACGGGGAGUGAUGUGGUUAUUGACGGGGGGUAUACAUUGCCGUAG